ACCGGAACAACAGAUCAGGACACGCUUGGCUUCCGAACUCGUCCUUCUUCCCACAGCACACUUCAUUGCUUCCUCGUCGUGGUCAGGACAUCCAACCUUCUGCUCUGAGAGCGAGUGUGACGGGACAGACAUGGGGCAGUUGGUCCAUGACGGAUGUUGAUCCAACUCCAUGGCGUGGUAAGAGGAACACCGCUAUUGUACCUCUGUAUAACAUACCUUCUGCAUUCACAUCCCUCGAAGAGUACCACUAUUUUAACCCUCAAUUUCCAUUACCAACUGAAAACAGAAUACUACUUUCUUAUGGUCUUCUGCCUCCACCACCACAUCUUUAUAACAUACAAUAUUAUCAAUUUCAACCGGAAAGUACGUCAUCAUCAAAGUUUAACAAUCUUCUCUCCAAUGCAGAAAACAAAGUUAAUACUUGUAAUACUCCUGGCUACUUUUCGCGUUUUCACAUGAGCUCCCAGCACUCAGACACUCCAGCAGACCACAAUGGAUAUUAUAACUAUCAAACUCCACAUAAUGAUAUGUUCUUUGGUCUUCAAUCUCCAAAUCUGUCACAAAAUAUGAAAGGAUACUAUCAUCGUCAACCGUUAUCAGCAUCAUCAAAAAAGAAAGAAUAUCAAGGCCCUCAACCUCCAUUUUCGGCACCGCGAAACAAAGCAUUUUAUCGUCCUCAACUUCCAUCUGAGUCAUCAGCGAACAAAGGAUUUCAAAACCCUCCACGUAAACAAAGAAUUAAUACAGGAUUUAAAUGUUCUCCUUGCCCAUCUCAGCCAUUCAGUAACAAAGGAUAUCAAGGCCUUCAAACCCCACACUCUCCACCAAACAUAAAAGAAUAUUAUGGGAAUCAACUUCCUCCUCCACAAACAAAUAACAAAGGAUAUUACAGCCCUCAGGCCCCAUCACCAACACCGAACAUGAGAUCAUACUUUGGCCCUCAACCUCCAUCUCAACUGCAAAAUAUCAAAGAGUAUUAUAGUCCUCCACCUUCAUGUGUCCAAGAAUAUUAUGGCCUUCAACCUCCACCUCCACCCCCAAUUCUUAAAGAACGUUAUAAUAUUCAGCUAUAUUCUAAUUUUCAAAACACCAGAGAAUACUACGGCUCACAAUCACCUUCUCCAACAUUGAAAAUCAAAGAAUAUUUUGAUCUUCAGCCUCCACCCCCUCCACAAAAUAUUAAAGAAAAUUUUGGCCCACAGCCUCAAUCUCCACCAACAAAUGUAAGAGAAAAUUAUGGCCCACAGCCUCCAUCUCCACCAACAAAUAUCAGAGGAAAGUAUGGCCCUCAGCCUCCAUCUCCACCACCAAAUAUAAGAGAAAAUUAUGGCCCUCAGCCUCCAUCUCCACCAACAAAUAUAAGAGAAAAUUAUGGUCCUCCGCCUCCAUCUCCACCAACAAAUAUCAUAGGAAAUUUUGGCCCUCAGCCUCCAUCUCCACCACCAAAUAUAAGAGAAAAUUAUGGCCCUCAGCCUCCAUCUCCACCAACAAAUGUAAGACAAAAUUAUAGUCCUCCGCCUCCAUCUCCACCAACAAAUAUAAGAGAAAAUUUUGGCCCUCAGCCUCCAUCUCCAUCACCAAAUAUAAGAGAAAAUUAUGGCUCUCAGCCUCCAUCUCCACCAACAAAUGUAAGAGAAAAUUGUGGCCCUCAGCCUCCAUCUCCACCACCAAAUAUAAGAGAAAAUUAUGGCCCUCAGCCUCCAUCUCCACCAACAAAUAUAAGAGAAAAUUAUGGCCCUCAGCCUCCAUCUCCACCACCAAAUGUAGGAGAACAUUAUGACCCUUUUCCAUCAUCCUCAUCAGAUAACACAGGAUAUUAUGGUCUUCAGUCACAUUCGUCAACACCACGUAACGAAGGAUAUCACGACAUUAGAGGUCCAUCUUGUAUCCCUACAAAUGAAGGCCAUAAUAGUCCUGUAGAACCGAUUAUUGAAGGGGUUUUUGGCACCGAAAUUGCGUCUCUAUUGCCGUACGAAAGACGACUUGACGGUCGUCAGUUCGUACCUCCUGUUAGCAGCAAAAAGCGUCACGGACAAUCUUACGAUCCUUCAUCUCCACUUUCAAAAGAUUUUGAAUCCUACACGGCAACACGUCAGUUUUCGCCACUGCGUGACAGAGCCACGAGUUCAUUUCGAGACACCAGUCUUGAAGAUUCGACAAGUUCCUCGCUUCUGCAAGUAUCCAUCGUCCCUUCAGUGUCCUUCACAGUUCAGGACACGACACAUUUAGGAUCGCCUGGUCUUCUUCUGGAAGAUCCCUUGGCUCUGGCACGAAAUGUACCAUAUGGCUCCAGAGAUGUUACGGAGAGAACACUGAAACCUGGACAGUCACAUCCGGUGUCACUGAAGGUGGACCCGUGAUCCCAUGGGGCGAGUAUUGAAGUUACAGGUGUCACCCGUGUGAAGGCUGGUACCAGAGAAUUCGCCAAAACCAGGGUCCGCCUUUGAAACCAGUACAGCAUCCUUGUUCUAGAUUUUCCGCCAUUUUGUGGUGUCUUCCAGGAAGAAGGCAAUUCCUGACGUCUCCUGAAGUUAGUCUCUGAUAUUUUUCGAACUGUGAACUGAAGAAAUUCAGUGAUGUUUUCGCAAGGUUAUUUAGUGAGACAUCUCAGUCUGAUACCUGUGAAGCCUGAAAUCAGACACGAACUGGUAAGCCAAAGGAAUUAAUUAUUUGUGUCCAAGGACAUGACAGUAACACAUAAAGACAAGAUGAUGUCAGUCUCUGUAUCUACCUGUGUUUUUCAACGUGUUACUUCCAAAUUACUAAAGGAAUUUGAAUUAAAUUUUAUAUCGGGUGUCCACACUAAAUUCGGCAGCUGUGUUUAAAUUUGAUUCUUGUCAAUAUAAUCUUCAUUUUUACGUGAAGCACAAUUAUAUUUAGCCAGAUUUCUCCAAAGCGACUCAUACAAAAUUUUAUAUUUGUUAUGAAUAAUGGAA